UGGCGCGAAGUUGUCUCUGAUCUCCCGCCCCUUUCCGACAACGCUCCCUUCCUCUCUCCUACCCUAACGCCACGCACACACACACACACUCUCUCUCUCUCUCUCUCUCUCUCGCUUCUGAGCCACCCGAAGUCCGAUCCUUGGAUCAGCAUGCUCCACCAUCCGUCAGUCGACAGCGCCACCGCUGCGCCCAAGCUGGCGGCGCUACCCAAGAAGAGGGGCAGCUACAACUGUGGCCGCUGUGGCCUCCCCAAGAAGGGGCACACCUGCCCCUCCGCUGACGGCGGCCCCGCCCCGCUCCUCCCCCGAUCCGGCCACGGCCUCCGCCGCGCUCUUUUUUCCGACGAGGACCGGGCCUCCUCCGCCCUCGUUCCGGCGCUGGUGGACGAGGAGGUGGCCGGGACGCCGGUGCCGGAGGUGGUUGAGGAGGAAGAGAAGGAGGACGACGAGGUGGACUGGACAGAGGAGGCGAUGAUCCUACCGACGUCGUGCAUGGUGGAGGUCCUGAAGCGGCUGUCACCCAUGGAGCUGAUGCGGGCGGCUGCGGUGUGUCGGGGGUGGAGGGGUUGCGUGAGGAGGAUGUGGCGCUCCGCGGAGGAGCUCAGGCUUAGCGUUUCGCCUCGAUCGCAGAUCGGAUUCGUCGGAUCGCUGCUCCAAAAGUGCGCCGGAUUGUCGCGGCUUACGCUGAGAAUGGAAAGUGAUGUUGAUGCAACAAUGCUAGCCUGUGUUGUGUUCUCACUGCCUAAUCUAGAAGCUUUUGAGAUAAACAUGACCAAGAACACGGUCAACCGGAUAACUGGGAAUGAGUUGAGUCGUUUUGUUUCUGAGAAACGAUGCCUCACGACUCUUAAAGUUGAAGGUUGCACCAACAUUGGAUUUCUCAAUAUCUCUUCAUCAAGUCUAUCGACACUUUGGCUAUCAAAUCUUUAUUGCAUUUCAAAAAUGGUCUUUAAAUGCCCUAAUCUGAGAGAGAUUUCUCUUGAUUUUACUCGACAAGAAAAUGAUUCGACAGAUCUUGUUACAAUGAUGGAAAAUUUGGGGAGCAGCUGUCCAAGGCUAACAAAUAUCCAUAUUGCAUCAAUACAACUUUGCAAUGAAGCUGUUCUUGCUCUUACAAGUGCAAACCUGAGGUGUUUGCGUAUGCUAUCAUUGGUUCUUGGUUCCAGAAUCACAGAUGCUGCUGUGACUUCUAUAGUUUCGUGUUACACAAGUCUAGAGUUGCUUGAUUUGAGUGGGUCAAGCAUCAGCGACAGUGGGAUUCGCAUGAUAUGCAAAGUGCUUCCUGAGACUCUAUCCAGACUCCUGCUUGCACUUUGCCCAAAUAUUACUUCGAGUGGGAUCCAGUUUGCUGCAGUUCAGUUACCUCUUCUUCAGCUUAUCGACUGCGGGAUGAGCAUAAGUGAUACUGGUUAUCAUUAUGAAAGUUCCCAAGAAAAACUAUGUCCUAAUAUUGAAAGGAGUGGAGAAUAUACCAUGUGUCAGAAAUUAUCCACCAUGAAGUCACAACGGAUCUACCAAAAACUGAUUAUAAAACAUGCAAAUUUGAGGAAGCUCAGUUUAUGGGGUUGCUCGGGUUUGGAUGCUCUAUACUUGAAUUGCCCAGAGCUUAAUGAUCUGAAUCUUAACUCAUGUACAAACUUGCAUCCAGAGAGAUUGUUGCUUCGAUGCCCUAAUUUGAAAGAUAUACAUGCUUCUGGAUGUCAGGAUAUGCUAAUUGGAGCAAUACGAAAUCAGGUACUGAAUGAGUUUGUUGCUGUUGAAAACCAUUUACCAUGUAAGAGACUAGCUGAUGGAUCAAAAAGGGUCCAGGUACCACUUUUCAUUCAGCAGAUAUCUGAUGGCAAGAAGCAGAAGAGAAGACAGAUGACGCAAUGCAUUGUUCAUCAUGUCUAAUCAGCAACUAGUAUAUGUAUCUGUUAGCCAAUAAUAGCAUACAAAAUCAAUUAGUUUCUUUUUGUUAAGCCUUAAUCCUUUUUGCUGUAUCAGCCAUACAAUUGGGCUGCUCUAAUCAGUAUAUGUCUGCCUUUUUAGAAUAGACUCUUGGAGUUUGGGGGGGUUGAAAAGGAAUAAGAAUGCUUACGAUAUCUUACAUUUCACUUGAAAAUAAAUGUUGAUUCAAUUAAACAUGACAAUAGCCUCCAAAGGUUUUAGCAUCAGGCAAGUUUAACUUACCACUAUGAUUUUUCAGCUUUAGAUUUGGUUUUUUGGUUUUUCAUCCAGUGUAGGUAAUGUAUAAAUGUUGAAUGGAAGCUUCUACCCUUGAAAGCCAAACAAACUUACUGUACCUGUACGGUUUAUAAUUAAUUCACUUUCUCAGAUUAUCAUAGAUUGGCUAUCUUUUAUUUCAGUUGUAUCAAUGUCAUGAUUGUUCAUUGUUUGAUGAUAUCACAUUGUCAUGACAGAGCAGAAAACUCGAUCAGCUUCUACCUUUGCAGAAUCAUCAUCUCCACCCACUGAUGGAGUAAGAGCAUGAUGUGUCAUUUAAGAUACGUUUUUCAGAACACACUAUUUCUUGCACCUUGAGUUUCAGCAAUGCCAAUGAAUCUGUACUUUCGUU